UCCAAUCUCCGACUUCGCCUCCCCUAUCCAGCCCCCGAUAACGGGAAGUGGCUUCGUAUGCACUAAAUGGUGUAUUCGCUUAAACACACCGUUUGAUCCCUCCAAGGCCGUCGGCCUCUUAAGGGCCCAAGAUAAGAAGAAUAGUUGUUACGGCCUUUUUUUUUUUUUGGUCUGAGAAUAGUUACGGCGUUUAAAAAAGAGCGGAGCAGCUAAACUUACGGUCAACCACACCAAACAACCCACUAACUACACCCUAUAUAAAGGAACCCAACCAUGACCGGAAAGGCAGAAACAAAACCCUCCUCCCUGACAAUGCUGGAGAGACCCUGAGAAGGAACCAUCAAAUUACAGAAAAGAAAACAAAACAUGGCUUUCAAAAGCUGUACCUCUUUCUCAUUGGUCUUUCUCGCAAUGGCCUUAGCCAUAACCUUCCUUGCAACCCCAGCUGCUUCAACUGUCGAUCUGUGCGCAGACGCGGACUACAAGGCCCUCUGCAAGGCCGCAUUGAGGGGAAUCACAAACCCAACCGCGGGCACACAAGUUACAAUAAAAGCACUGAUUUCGGAGACACACCGCGGCAUUAUGAACGCAAAGAGGUUUCCUGGUAAAGACAACAUCGCGAAAGUUUGCAAGGAAAGCUACGAGGAUGCGUUGGACAAUCUGAACAAGAGUUUGAACAACGUGAGGGAGCAGGACAAAGGAUCCCUCAACAUCAAUCUGUCGGCGGCUUAUGCGGAUUUCGUGUCUUGUGAUGAUGCUUAUAGUGAAAGAGGGAGGGUAUCACCUUAUGCGAGACUUAAUAGACACUUGGAACGGAUGGCUAGCAAUUCCUUGGCGGUUGCAACCGUGCUUCACUGGUGAUUCAAGAUGUUGUUGAGGUGCUGGCCUGGCUCUUAAUUUAUAAUAAUUAACAUAAAUUGUUUCGAAGAAAGAAAGAAAGACAGUUUAUGAACAAAGAUGGAAACGAUGAGAUUCACUCAUUGAAUAUUGUAUCAUAUAUGAUUACUCAAAUUAAUUAAAAUUCUCUCUAAUUAUAUCCAAUAACAGCAGAAGCAUAAUCAUAUACAAUUACCAAAAAAAAUGCAGGCAUCAGACUGAUUCUGGGUAAUGUUAUAAUAGAAGGAAA